AUGGGGCUGAUAGAAGAGAAGAUGCCUUGGAAACUCAUCGCUUCAGUCCUGAAUACUAUCAUGCCUACGGAGAUGUCUCUUGAAGCAAUCAAGAUCAUUGAGUCGGAAGACUUCCCUCGGCCAGAUAAGGGUGACCCCCGUCCCCUGCCGGACGACUUCGCGCAGCGGGGCCUCCUUUGGGUUGAUAAGUACUAUCCUAGCGAUUGGUUCACAGCCACAAAGGUGGAUGACGACGAAAAGUAUUUCGAGGUUGCGUCAAUGAUGGAAGAACGCUCACAACGCUGUCUUUGGCUGGGUUGCCGACUAGCAACAUCGGGCAAGUGGUUGACGUACGACGAGGAAGCGAAGCAAUUCGGCGUGGUGCCGCAAUUCGAUGUGGAGAUUCCUGAUUUGAGCAGCGAUGACAAUAACGCGAGCAUGCCAGAUGCUCCAGCAGCAAAAUCAAAGUCGCUUGAAUAG